AUGGAGAUCAAUCCAAACAAUAUUAUUGGACUAUUAUCCCAAGUAUUUCCUGAUUCAAACAACAAAACACCAGUUAAUUCGACUGAACGUAAAUUGGCUCAAUCACUUGCUGCAGCAAUAAAUAAUUGGAAAGAGGUUGAUGAAGUUGGGGAGGAGGUUUUGGAGGAAGUUGCUGAGUUAAAUGACAACUUAGAAGAAGAAGAAUUGCUUUCGAUUGAAGACGACUUGUCGGAGGAUUCAACAAAACAAGAGGAGGCAAUUGAAGAUGAAGAUAGUGGUGAUGUUGAGGCUUUUGCUGAAGAAAUAAGUAACCAGAAAGAGGAGGAAUCUGAACAUGAUUUGGAUGAAACUGCUUCCUUAAAUGAAAAUAAUGGAGAGGAUGAUUCACUUUCGAUGGCAGGCAAUUUGUCAGUAACUUCAACAAAACAAGAGGAGCCAAAUGAAGAUGAAAAUAGAGACGAUGUUGGCAUUUUCCGUUCGUUUGAAACAAUGGGAUUAAAGAGUGAACUGCUUCGUGGAAUUUAUUCUUAUGGUUUUGAGAAACCCGCAGCCAUUCAACAGCGUGUUAUCAAACAAUUUAUAAUUGGACGCGAUAUUAUUGCCUUGAGUCCACCUGGUACUGGAAAGACUGCUAGUUUUUGUAUUGGUUUACUUCAGUCAAUUUGUAUGUAUCAUCGCGAAACUCAAGCUCUAGUGUUGGCACACACCCGUGAUGGUGCUGUGAACAUUCAAAAGGCAAUUUUGGCGAUUGGUGAUUACCUAGAUGUUCAGUGCCACGCGUGUGUUGGAGGCACUAAUAUUCAUGAGGAUAGGCGCAAACUGGAUUAUGGACAACAUAUUGUUACUGGAACGCCUGGGCGUGUUUUUGAUAUGAUUAGACGUCGCAAUCUACGUACUCGUUCAAUUAAAUUAUUGGUUAUUGAUGAAGCUGAUGAGUUGCUUGGAAACUCAUUUAGAGAACAAGUUAUUUUUGUCUGCUCAAAAUCGACUCCAGAUUUGGAUGAAAUGGCAACUCGUUUGAUGACGGUUCCAGUUCGUAUUGUUAUCAAAAGUGAUAUAAAUGAAUGUGCACAAUUUUAUAUAAAUGCAAAUCCAAAAGAAUGGAAACCCGACAUAUUAUUUGAUUUGGUUGACUUAAUGGAUGCUACACCUAUAGUCAAUAUGUUAAAAGAAACGACGGGCGAUGAAGCUAAUUGUUUUUGUUUGCAUUCUGGAUUGAAAAGAAAUGAGCGUGUUGAAAUUAUUAAAAAGUUUCGUGAAAGUGAUGAAAGGUUUGUUAUGGUUAAAAAAUUUCUUUUCCUUUUUUCAUGGAACAGGGAUGGGACUAGUGCAAAAUAA